CUCCGACAAAGGCUGUCACACAACUCUCCGAUCCCUACUACUAUAACCAUUGAGCUUAAAAUGACUGCAUCCAAAGAUCCUACUACUAGGCUUUACGAUGUGGUAAUCGUGGGAGCCGGACUCAGCGGACUCCAAGCAGCGCAUUCCAUCCAGGCAGCAGGAUUCAGCGUGUGUAUCCUGGAAGCUACGGACCGAGUGGGAGGGAAGACAUUGACUGUGAAGUCCAGCGAAAAGGGGUACAACGAUCUAGGAGCGGCUUGGGUGAAUGAUACGAACCAGAGUGAGAUUUUCAAACUCCAUCAGAGGUACGGACUGGAUGGGGUGGUACAGUAUACGCGUGGAGAUGAUAUUCUCGAAUCAGGUGAGGGGGUGAUUCGCAAGAUACCGUAUGGGUGGCCUUUGACAGGGCUUGCGCGGAAAUUGUUGAAUAUUCUGCAAGAUGAGUCCUCGCGGAUGGAUUUGGACGACCCAAAAGGGUUUCCAGAGGCCAAGGAAGUGGAUAAUAUGACGUUCAAGGAAUUUUGCGUUGAUAGGACUGGAUCGCAGGAUGCAGUUCACAUGGCAGAUGCUAUUUCAUCGGGGCUGCUUGGGGUGGAUAGUAAGGAAGUUAGUGCGUUGUAUAUGCUGUAUUAUUUCAAAAGUGGAAGUGGGAUCGACAAUCUCCUGUCGGAUGAGAAGGAUGGAGCGCAGUACCUACGUACCAGGCAAGGAACCCAAACUAUCGCUCGGAAGAUGGCAGAUGAGCUCGACCAAUCCGACAUCUUCUUGGGCGUGCCUGUCACGUCAAUCAGUCAGUCUCAUGACGAUAGUCCCUGCGUGGUCCAGACACUUGAUGGCAGUUCGUUUAGUUGUCAACGCGUUAUCGUGUCUAUUCCUACGAACUUGUACCAAAGCAUCUCCUUCUAUCCCCCACUUCCACAAGCCAAGCAUGUUUUAAGCAAACAUACGAUCAUGGGCUACUACAGUAAGAUGAUCUUCGUCUUUCAAAAGCCAUGGUGGCGCAACGCUCGACUUACGGGGAUUAUCGACUCUGCGGGUGGCCCCAUAACCUUCACGCGGGACACGAGUGUACCCACCGAUGACCAAUGGUCUAUCACAUGUUUUAUGGUGGGGAGUCGGGGACGAGCAUGGUCCGAGUUAUCCAAGGGUGAUCGGUUCAAUCAAGUGUGGGAGCAAUUCUGCCGAUGUUUUGGCAAGUUCGUGAAAGACAUCCCCAAGCCAAACAAUACUCUGGAAAUGGAAUGGAGUAAAGAGCCUUACUUCCUCGGCGCACCUUGUCCAGCGAUGACACCAGGCUUGCUGACUACCGUCGGGACUGAUCUCGCAGCACCGCAUGGUAAAGUGCAUUUUAUCGGAACAGAAACAUCCACAGUGUGGCGUGGGUACAUGGAGGGGGCCAUUCGAGCAGGGCAGCGAGGAGCAGCCGAGGUAGUGACGGCACUGCAGGAAGACUAAUUGUCUUGGCUAAGCAAACACAUCCCGAAAUGUCUCUUAAGAACCUUGGAUCUAGCAGGGUUCCGAUGAAAACCGAAUCUCACAGUGGGUCAGCAGCGGAGAUGUCCGUGUGCUUGUCUCGGGGAAUAUUCGUUAGAUCUACAGCAAUUAGGAUAAAGUCGUACCGUCAAG